GGCUUUAGCAGCAACAAGACCUGUGUGUACAGCUAUGAAGGCUUCAUUUUGCAUGGGCUGCCAGACAAAGGCUUGACAAGAGCUGGGCUGCGACUCAGCUGCAAGCUAGAGAUCAGCACAUUGGCAGGCAAUAACCACAUUCUUAAGGUCCGGUCUCCACAGCUGGAGGAAUACAAUGGAAUCUGGCCCAGAGAUUCAUUCAUGCCAUCUUCCAAACUGUCACAGAUGAUUGCUGCAUGUUUCACCCAGUUUUUUACAUUUGAAUACAGUGGGGGACAGGUUGGAAACAUUUAUGCCCCAGAAGACUGUCCUGUCAUAUGUGUUAACCUAGUGAGAGGUAUUUUGAACAUGAUGCAAAUAACCAUCAAAAAGUCACAGAAUGUAUAUGACUUACAAGAGGCUGGGAUUGAGGGCAUGUGCCAUACAAGAUAUGUCAUCCAGGACAACAGGAAGAAUAACCAAUUUGUUGUGUCCAAAACCAAGGACCUAAGCAACUGCCAGGAUAAAGUGAUGAAGAACAUUGGAAUGACUUAUGUCCGUCCUUGUCCUACCUGCCCACUGAAAGCAGGAAACAUUAAAGGAACUGCUGCAUUUACCUACAAAAUGAAAUAUGCAGAGGCUGGUCUCCUGAUCACACAAGUCAUUUCACAGCAAAUGUACCAGAUCUCUCCAUUCAGUGAACCUUCUGGUGUUGCUAUUGUGGAAGCAAGACAAGAAUUUACCUUGAUUGAGAUGCGGAUCAACCAAGCGAGCACAUCAGAAAUUCAGCUGGAAAACCAUGGAAAUCUUUUUUACCGUUUUGCAAAAGAGCUACUCCAAAUGCCAAUUCACCUCAUAAAGAUUAAAAAUCCACAGUUACAGAUAGCAGAAACACUACAACAAUUAAUUCAGUAUAUUCAACAAGGAUUGAACAGAGAAGCUUCAGCCAAAUAUUUAGAACUUAUUCAGCUUUUUCGUGUAGCAACCCCUGAAAACAUUGAGUUUCUUUGGAAUCGAUUUGCAUCUAAACCUCAAUACAAGCAUUGGUUCUGGAGUGCAAUUUGUGUAGCAGGAACAACUGAUACAUUCAAUUUCCUUAAGCAAAAAAUGUAUAAUGAGGAAGUUAAUUACCUGGAAUCAGUUCUGAUUCUCACCUUCUCAUUCCAUUUAACUGAGAUAGAUAAUAUCACGUUAAAAGCAGCAGCAGGACUACUGACCUUGCCUCAGUUUCAGAGCACUCCCUUGCUCCGCAAACUUACUUAUCUGGCAUAUGGUUCCCUGGCAAACAGAUACUGUUCUGUGUCUUCAUCGUGCCCCAUUGAAAUUCUUCAGCCUCUGCAUGACCUUGCAGCUGAAGCGGCCAUCACUGGCCAGGAAGAAGACAUGGCCUUGGCUUUGAAAGCUAUUGGCAAUGCAGGAGAACCAGCCAGCAUCAAACGCAUCCUGAAAUUCCUGCCAACAUUUUCACCUGGUGCAGCUGCCUUUCCCAGCAGAAUUCAUGUUGAUGCUGUGUUGUCCUUGAGGAAAAUAGCCAGGAAAAAUGCUGCAAAAGUACGUGAAAUCCUUCUCCAGAUCUUUGUGGACCGUUCACUGUCUCCUAAUGUCCGAAUGGUGGCUUGUGUUAUCAUCUUUGAAACAAAGCCUGCCCUUCCUUUGGUAACAGUUAUGGCCAAUUCUCUCCUGAAAGAGAGCAGUUUACAGGUGGCCAGUUUCACAUAUUCCCACAUGAAGGUUUUGGCACAAGGCAGGAUCCCACAGCUCUAUAAUCUAUCUUCUGCUUGCAACAUUGCCAUUAAACUAUUGGACCCCAAACUUGACAGGCUGAGCUAUCGUUAUAGCAAAGUUAUUCAUGCUGGUGGUUAUUACUCGCAAUACAGGGCUGGUGCAAUUGGAAGGGUGUAUCUAAUGAACAGUCCAAGCUCUCUGUUCCCAUCUGAUAUAAUUAUGAAACUGAGAGGGUACUAUGCAAAUUCUGCAAUGGAUAUUGUAGAGGUGGCUCUCCAGUCACAAGGCCUAACUGAUAUUAUCAGGGAGCACAGCAUUCCCUUUGAAAAAUAUGCCACACACACGUAUCUGAAGGAGUCUGGGAAAAGUCUUCCAGGAUGGAAGGAAUUGCCUCCUGAAAACCCAGUGGUAUCAGCCUAUUUAAAAAUAUUUGGCUAUGAGAUUGUAUAUGGUGAUGUGGACACAAAGUUCAUCCAACAGACUCUGAAGACUCUGAUUAACCCAUCAGACAGGCAUGAAUUGUUGAAGAAAAUGAUUAAUCAAAUCCAAAGGGGUAUUGGAGGACAAUGGGCACUGCCAGUACCGACAGCAGAACUUCGUUAUAUUGUGCCUACCUGUGCUGGCCUGCCCUUGGAAUAUAGUUUAUACAGCACUGGCCUGGUACAUGCUACAGCUGAUGUUGAUGUAAAGAUGUCCCCUCCUUUAUCUAGCAAUUUUAACCCUUCACAGUUAUUUGAAGCCAAUAUUCAACUUCAAACUAACAUCAAUCCAAGAGUAUAUACACACACUAUGGCAGUGAUGGGCAUCAAUACACAAUACUUUCAGAGCGGGCUUGAAUUUCAUGCUGAGUUCCUUGCCAAUGUCCCACUGAAAUUUGAUGCCAGAUUAAACUUGAAAAGUAAACAUUUUAAGCUUGAAACCAAUCCAUGUCACCAGGAGAUGGAGCUAGUUAGCGCAAGGACUAAAGUUUAUGCUAUUUCAAGAAACAUCCAAGAAGUAGAUUCACCUAAGAUAUCUUCUGUUCUACCAGAGAAAACUGGGCCAGAUAUCUCAGAGCAGCACUUCAAGUCAGCAGAAAGUGUAUCAAGAGACACUGCUGCGAAGCAAAGAUAUGCUUCUGAUAUAAUAGUCAAGAAAUACUCCCGUGGUUCUGAAGAGGAGCCUUCCUUCAGUAUAGGAAGAAGAUAUCAUACACAAGUCUUUUGUGGCAAAUUACCUGCUUUGGAUUGCCAAGCCUGUCUUAAUAUAAAAUCACAAGAUUCCACUUUCUUAAGAAAUACGUAUCUGCACAAUCUAGUUGGAGAGCGUGAAGUCAAAUUAAUUUUGAAACCAGUCCAUACAGAUGCUGUUGUUGACAAAAUACAGCUAGAGAUUCAGGCGGGAUCCAGAGCAGCUUCCAAAGUGAUCUGGCUGGUAAUGCCAAAAUCCGAGGAGGAAGAUGACUCAUCUCUAGAUGAUGAGGUUCAAGCUAAACUGAAGACAUUCCUAAGAAUUGAAAAUAUAUUCAAGGUUAGAAAUCGACAUAAACAUCAACGGCUGAAGAAGCAGUCUGCCAAGAAGGUUAAAAUCAACAUUGCCGAAAUUCACAUAGUCCCCACAUCUACAUCUCCUCCCAGCUUGUCCUCCUCUUCCUCCUCCUCUUCUGUAGGUGACAAACAUGGCAAUGCUCAAGACAAAAUGUGGCAACCUAGAGAAGGGAAAGGAAACAGCAGUAGCAGUAGCAACAGCAGUAGCAGUAGCAGUAGCAGUAGUAGUAGCAGUAGCAGUAGCAGUAGCAGCAGCAGCAGAAGCUGCAGCAGCAGUGAAGAGGAUUCUCCUGAACACAAAAAGCAACAAGGAGGAAGUGACGAAGUACUCGGGAGUUGUGGCAGUAGCAGCCAGGACCAUGAAUACUCCAAGAAGCAGGCAUAUCCAGAGAUUUAUCAGUAUCGGUUCAGGUCAGCACAGCAAAAACAGUAUCCAGGAAGGGAAGGCGAAAGAAUCAGAGGUUAUAGUAGCUCAUCUUCUUUCACCUCUGGUUAUUCUGAAAGUAGCGAUGAUGGUGGCUAUGGAGCAGAUGCUCAGCCUAAAUUCUUGGGAGACAGAAGGCCACCAGUACUGGCUGUUAUUCUCCGUGCUGCUCGAAAUGACCGGAGGCUGGCAGGAUUCCAGCUUGUGCUCUACUUGAAUCUAAAUUCCACAAGACCUAGGAUGCAAGUAUUUAUGUCAAAUAUAACUGCACCAAGUAGAUGGAAGUUCUGUGCUGAUGCCUCAGUAAUAAAUUCUAAUAAAGCAGCGGGUUAUCUAAAAUGGGGUCAAGAUUGCCGUGACUAUAAAAUUGCUGCAAAAGUUGCAACUGGUCAAUUUGAUGAUCGUCCAGCCAUGCAGAUGAAGCUAGAGUGGCCUACCAUCCCUUCAAGACUCAAAAGAGCUGAAAGAUGGGUUUAUGAGCUUGUUCCAGGACUCGCCUACAUGUUUGGAUUCUUCCAAAAGGAAGAACACAAUCCCCCUCAACAGGCCACUCUGGUGAUGGCUCUGAGUUCUCCAAGAACCUGCGAUGUUGUUCUCAAACUACCAGAUGUCACAAUUUAUGACAGAGGUAUAAAACUCGCUGUGCCAUUGCCUUUUAGUCCCCAGAUAUCAACCUCAGCACUACAGUACCCUGACUGGAAUUUCCAUUCUGUGCCAUUCUCGGUCAUUGGAAAUCUUAAAGCACAUUGUUCAAUAUCCAAAAAUAUGAUCACAACCUUCAAUGAUGUUGUAUUUAACUAUUCAAUGCCUGCAAAUUGCUACCACAUCUUGGCCCAGGACUGUAGCCCGGAACUGAAGUUCCUAAUUUUGAUGAAGCAAUCUGAAGAGUCACCUGACCUUAAAGAACUCAAUGUCAAGGUUGCCAGUCAUGAGAUUAAUAUGUAUCCUUCAAAUGGACAUGUCUGGCUGAAGAUAAAUGGUGUUCAAGUCCCAAAAGACUAUGUCCCAUACACAUCUAAUUCUGAAGCAUACAUGCUGAUCACCAGUGAGAAGGAUGGGUAUUUGAUAAAAGCCACAGAAUAUGGCAUAGAUAGACUUUAUUUUGAUGGACAUAUGCUUGAGAUUCAGGUUGCUUUCUGGAUGGCAGGAAAAACAUGUGGCAUUUGUGGAAAAUAUGAUGGUGAAAGGAAACAGGAAUAUCAGAUGCCUAGUGGAAAUGUAGCAAAAGAUGCAGUGAGCUUUGCUCAGUCCUGGGUUCUCCCAGAAGACCCUUGUGCUGGAGCCUGUAAACUGCAACGCAUGGCUGUUAGAAUUGAGAAGUCAGUUGGUUUUGAAAAACAGAUCUCAGAAUGCCAUUCGGUCGAGCCCGUUUUACGCUGCGUGAAAGGAUGCUCAGCCACCAAAACCGUUCCCAUCUCUGUUGGCUUCCAUUGUGCGCUAGCUGGUAAGUCUACACAAGCCAUAUCUGGUCAGCAGACUCCAGCCUGUUUGCUCAGCCAGCAUGUCCACAUCGCACUGUUAAGACUCCCAGGAGUUAGCACCCCCCAGCUCUGCAGCUGUAGGAGGGAGAGCAGCCCCCUCCUGCCACACAGCUGUUCCAGAUGCAGACAGUUCGCCAAGAACCUUCAGCCCAGAGGGGGGAGGAGGGAAGAGACACAGGCACAUCUAGAAAGGGGAAAGCUGGGGUGAGGUGCAUCAGCACCUACAAAUGCACUGUUUUCUCCCAUUGAAAAACAGAAGUGACAAUUUUUGCCUGAUCUGGUGCCAGAAAGCAGUUUAAAGCUGGGACCAGACACAAGUACAGGCUGCAGACUGCUUGAAAAGUGGCUGAUCUGGUAAAAAUCUGACCCCUCAUUGAAUGAGGUAUCAGAUAAAGACAUUUCAAAAUGUAGCAUCUUUUGUAAUUUGCCUGGAAAGUUCCCACU